AUGGAGUGGAACUCUGUGAACGGGUCUAGCCCGGACUUUCUGUAUAAACCGCCCUUAUCGUUCGAACGUCUAUUAAAAAUUUGUCAUGAGAAAGGCGUAAGAAAUUACACUGUUUUUCUUAAAGGUAUAGAGAAAAUUAUUAACGUAAACAAUCCUAAAACUUUAAAAGAUGAAAUAUCCAGCAAAGUGGCUUUAGUUAAAAAUAUUGACUUCAUUAAAAUGAUAAGGUAUGGAAGGCUUCUGAUAAAUACCUCAGUGGCUGAAUGCGAGUGGCAAAUAUUAAACAUAUCUGAAUUGCAUAACGUAAAGGUUUCCCCGAUGCUUGUCAUGACUGAACUGACAAGCAAAUUUCUUCUGUCGGCUAUUCCAGUAGAAGUCGAGCUCUCGGAGCUAGCUAAUGAGCUGAAUCAUAAUAACGAUAUCGAAGUAUUAAAUUUAAGAAGAUUCAUGGUUAAAAGCCCAGACAGUAACAAGAAACCCUCGGAAAGAGUACUUGUCACUAUUGUAGGACAUCACUUGCCAGAACAUGUAAACGUAUGGCUGACAAGACAUAGGAUUACAAGGGUCUAUGAUAAUUCAAGGCAACGUCCUCAAUGUCUGAGGUUUGGUCACGGGAUUAAAAGCUGUAGAGGAUUAGUAAGAUGUAGAAAAUGUAGCGAAAAUAAUACCAGGCCACAGUGCCAGAGUGUGCAGAUCAAGUGUGCAUUGUGCAGUAACUCAAAUGAAGCAUCCUCGAAGAAUUGCCCCAAAUACAUCGAAGAGGGCAAUAUUCUAAAAUAUAGUGCUGACCAUUCAUGUUCCCAGUAG